CCUCCCAGAAUUCAUCGCUCACCAUGGACUCGGCGGAGAGCUCCGCCGCCUCCAACGUCGCCGCCGCAAUGGCCGUCGACGACUACCACGACGCCGCCCCCGAGGUAGGCCACUGCAUAUCGUCCAUGGUCGACUUCAGUGGCGUUGAGAGCCAGCGCCUGUUCCUGGCGCGCCGCACCGCUUUGGAGAUGCUGCGGGACCGCGGGUACAGCGUCCCGGAGGCCGACCUCGCGCGCACCCUCCCGGAGUUCCGCGCCUGGUGGUCCGAGACGCCCGAGAUCGAGCGCCUCUCCUUCUCCACCACCCUCGCCUCCGACCCCUCCAACAAGGCGCGAAUCGUGUUCUGCCCACCCGAGCCCAUCAGAGUCGCAGUUAUCCGGGAGGUCUUUGGCCGAACCAAAGAAGACAACUUGUCUUGCCUGAUUCUGAUAUUGCAGAGCAAGAUGGGAUCUAAGGCUAGAGACACUAUCAAGGAACUGUUCAAGUUUAAAGUGGAUGUAUUCCAGAUCACAGAACUGCUGGUGAACAUGACUAAUCAUGUUCUGAAGCCCAAGCAUCAAGUGCUGACUGCAGAAGAAAAGGCCAAGCUGCUGAAGCAGUACAAUGUGGUGGAUUCACAGUUGCCUCGCAUGCUGGAGACGGACGCUGUUGCUCGCUACUAUGGCCUGAGCAAGGGAACGGUGGUCAAAUUUACAUAUGACAAUGAGCUCACAGCAAACCAUGUGAGCUACCGAUGUGUUCUCUGAAAGAUACGGCAUUGUUUCAGUGGAUCAAGGUUGAUGUAAGCUGUUAGCCAAGACCGCCUGGCGGCUAAUGUACUAGUGUACUAUGUUGUCGUCUGUUCUUUUUUUCUUUCUUUGUGGUGGAACUAUGCUGUCCUCUGCUAGGCCUCGUCGGAAUGUAGCUAUUUAGGAAACCUGAACUAUUACCCAACCUAAGUUAGUAUCUGGUGUUCAGUUUGAGAUGCUGUUGGAAAAUCUGGGACAGGUUGUUUCCGAUGACCUGUGGUCAACGCAUGUCUCUGAAAACGGUUAUGUGUCGC